GUGAUCUGGCCAACGUUUUGGGGCUUGGGUGUGUAGAGAAUGAUUAUGGAAUAAACAGUAUUCGUUCAGGUCAGGGUAAUUUUUUUGCCUGGCCCUUGAGCUACAUGAACCGUGUUAGGAACCCCUGUAUGCAGCUUGAGACAUCCUCUUGCCUAUCACAUAGCUAAACAUCUAUUGAGAACAUCAUUAUAAGGAAGAAAAUGGAUAAUUUGAAGAGCACCCUUUCAUAAGGCGAUUUCAAAAGAAAGAGCUUUUUUUUAGCGAGCUUGAAAAUGACUGCGAACACUGAGAAAAAGAGGGGCCCUUGAGUAACAUUAGUAGAAAAAAAGGGGGAGCAACGUUAGCUUUGGUGGUCCUUGGCCGAGGGGUUGCACCUUGGCGGAUAAGGGAAACCCCGAGGAUCACGGCCUGGUGUAACGAUAUCUUAAACUAGCAGUUCAGAGAAGAAAGGGGACGCCUGCAUAUGGUAGUACUUCUCCACAGAAAUUAGAUGGUUCACCACCUGUAGAAGAAUACGUGGUCUUUAGAAAGCAAAGAAUCAUCAGUUAUUAUUUUUUGGAGGUAGGAAUCUACUGAGCCCAGUGAAAAGCAACAUCGCUGCAGGUGCGGCGGGCUCUCUGAGCAGACAUGAUGGAGGAGCUGCACAGUCUGGACCCCCGUCGCCAGGGGCUGCUGGAGGCCCGGUUCACUGGGGUCGGUGUAGCCAAGGGUCAAGGGAAUGAGUCCUCAAACCAAAGCCUGUGCAGUGUGGGGUCACUGAGUGACAAGGAACUUGAGACUCCAGAGAAGAAGAGCAGCGACCAGAGGAUGAGGAAAAGAAAAGGAGAGCCCUAUGAUGGGGGGAAAGGGAGAGGACACAAGAUCAGUGAUUAUUUUGAGGUGCAGCAGGGCAGCCCCUCCUCCACGUGCUCGCUGACCCCAGAGGUGACCUGCAGCUCCAGCAGACCUGUGCUGCACAAGGCCAGUCAGGCCAGUCAGUCGGAGCUGAGCAUGGAGAUGCUGGCGGCACUAGAGAACAACAAGAGCUCUGACCUGGAGAAGAAGGAGGGCAGGAUAGACGACCUACUGCGGGUGAAUUGUGAUCUGCGCAGGCAGAUUGAUGAACAGCAGAAGAUGCUGGAGCGCUACAAGGAGAGGCUCAACAAGUGUGUAACCAUGAGCAAGAAACUCCUCAUAGAGAAGUCUAAGCAGGAGAAGAUAUCGUGCCGGGAGAAGAGCAUGCAGGACCGGCUGCGUCUGGGCCACUUCACCACCGUCAGACACGGAGCCUCCUUCACAGAGCAGUGGACUGACGGCUACGCCUUCCAGAACCUCAUUAAGCAGCAGGAGCGCCUGAACUCGGAGCGUGAGGAGAUGGAGCGUCAGCGCAAGCAGCUGGGCAAGAGGAAACCGCCCUCCAUGGCCCAGGCCCCGCCCCCCAGCGCAGAGCCCAACAAACGCAAGAGCAAGAGCAACGGCCUGGAGAACGAGGCGUUAUCACUAGCGGAGUACCAUGAGCAGGAGGAAAUCUUCAAGCUGCGUCUUGGACACAUGAAGAAGGAGGAGGCUGAGAUCCAGGCAGAGCUGGAACGGUUGGAACGUGUGCGAAAUCUUCACAUCCGAGAACUGAAGAGAAUACACAAUGAAGACAACUCACAGUUUAAAGAUCACCCCACUCUGAAUGAUCGUUACCUGUUACUACACCUGCUGGGCCGGGGAGGCUUCAGUGAAGUUUACAAGGCCUUUGACCUGACAGAGCAGCGCUACGUGGCAGUGAAGAUCCACCAGCUCAACAAGAACUGGAGAGAUGAGAAGAAGGAGAACUAUCACAAGCAUGCGUGUCGGGAGUACCGCAUCCAUAAGGAGUUGGACCACCCCCGAAUCGUCAAACUCUACGAUUACUUCUCAUUGGACACUGACUCGUUCUGCACGGUUCUUGAGUACUGCGAGGGGAACGAUCUGGACUUCUACCUGAAGCAGCACAAGCUGAUGUCGGAGAAGGAGGCGCGCUCCAUCGUGAUGCAGAUCGUCAACGCGCUCAAGUACCUCAACGAGAUCCGACCGCCCAUCAUCCACUACGACCUCAAGCCUGGUAAUAUACUGCUGGUGAAUGGGACGGCGUGUGGGGAGAUUAAGAUCACAGACUUCGGCUUGUCUAAGAUCAUGGACGACGACAGCUACAACUCCGUAGAUGGAAUGGAGCUCACGUCACAGGGAGCCGGGACUUACUGGUACCUGCCCCCAGAGUGCUUUGUGGUGGGGAAAGAACCACCCAAAAUCUCCAAUAAGGUUGAUGUGUGGUCAGUAGGAAUCAUCUUCUACCAGAGUGUCUAUGGACGCAAGCCCUUCGGCCAUAACCAGUCUCAGCAGGACAUCCUGCAGGAGAACACCAUCCUCAAGGCCACCGAGGUGCAGUUCCCCGCCAAACCUGUGGUGUCACCAGAAGCCAAGGCAUUUAUCCGGCGCUGCCUGGCAUACAGGAAGGAAGAGCGCAUUGAUGUUCUGCAGCUGGCCAGCGACCCCUUCCUCCUGCCCCACUUCCGCAAGUCUGUCAGCGUCCCACCCCCUCCGCUCCCCCCCACAGCCUCCACGUCCAACUCCUACAACAGCAGCGCCUCCAACUGAUCUCACACACACACACACAUCCUCACAUAUACCCAACUGAUCUCAUACACACACACACAGGUGUGCACACACAUGCUCACACUCACAUCCUCACAUAUACCCAACUGAUCUCAUACACACACAGGUGUGCACACACACACAUACUCACAUAUACUCCCAUAACAGGGAACUUCAACCGACACACCCCAAAACACAUGCGCACACUUAAUACCAACCGACUUCCACUGCUAAAUACAGUUACUGUUUGUCAGACACACACACACACACACACAGAGGAUGGCCAGGGGCAGUGGCGAGGCAGUGGGCAGAUGAGAUUGAACGCGACCCGUGUUCACAGGCUCAGCACAGAUGUGUUUUUAAAAGCUGGGAUGAGACCGCCACCGAGACUCUGCUUUGGACUCCAGGGGAUGCUGUCUCAGCCAUGGACCACAGGGGGUCGCUGUUACGCCCCAGAAGAGUACUGCGUUGCUCUCAUCCUGCACCAAGGAUGCUGGCAUUUCUUCAUGGAUUUCUUCAAAUCGCCCCCAGCUCUGGGGGUAGUCUAUGCCCAGAUGACCAAAGCUACUGGACGGGGACGGGUGUUUUGGUGUGACCAGCAGCUGGAGGGGAGUGGGGUUGAGGGGGUUGUUUUUCCCUGCAGUUUUCAACUUUUGUAAUGUUUUCUUGUUUUGAAUUAUUUUAUUUAUAAAAUGUGAGGUUUGCCUCAGGAUAUCCCUGUACAUCUUCAGGGUGGGAGGCAUUCACAUUAAACU